CGUUAUCAAAAAUUGUUUACAGCUCUUUUUUGCGCAAAAUAUUAAUCCAUCUGCUUCUCCUGUUCAGGGUUGCGAGGGAGCUGGAGCCUGUCCCAGCUAUCAUAGGGAUGUCUCGGCUUCCUGUUUUUCCCCGACCGCCCGUCCUGCUGCUUUGCAUUCUGGGUAUGAUCUUGGUGACGUCUGGCUUCCCUCAGCCUCGACUACCUCUCAGAAGCUCGGAUGAUUCCGAGGAACACAAACGAGUUGACUGGGACGUCCUCUAUCCUUCCAUCUCACUCCGUGAUUGGAGCAUUCAGAUGAUGUCAGCACCCGGCCUCAGAGCGGCUGCCAACAGCAACUCUGGGCUGAUGAGGGAGGCGUGGCUAUUUGCUCCUGAGGGGGCGGAGACAAGCGUGGAGGGGGCGUGGCCCGUCGAAUGGUCGUCUCCGGGAGCCGGGAUGGAGAAGAGGAACCUGGUGGUGGCCGACGACGCCGCUUUCAGGGAGAAGAGCAAGCUGCUCACCUCCAUGGAGAGGCAGAAGUGGCUCAACUCAUACAUGCAGAAACUGCUGGUGGUGAAUUCGUGAUGAUCGCGGAGCCGCAGCUCGUUCGCCACGAAACUCCCGCAGAUGAA